CGCAGUGGAUUGGUAUUAGUGGAAACAUGUUUGUGUCAGCUGCAGUUGUCAUCACCUUAAUGUGUUCCUGUUCACUCCAUCCUAUUUUUGGACAGGACUGUCCUAGCAGGCAGGAAAUACAGGGCUCUCUGAAGCAGGUCCAGAAGCUGCUCUCAGCCCAUGAGGCCUCCUACAUGCAGAGUCUACGCAACCUGAAGAAGAAAAUAAACUUAUUGCAGAGCAACGCAGGGAAGCAGCCAACAAAAGCCAUCAACAACACAUGCACAAAACUGGACGCACCGAUCAACGGAAGAAAACUUGGGAAGUCACACAGCGUGAGCCAUGAGGUUCACUUUCUGUGUGACCCUGGCUAUGAACUGGUUGGAUCAGAGAGCAGGGUUUGUCAGGAAAGCCUGACCUGGAGCGGCCAGCAGCCCACCUGCCGAGACAUCAAUGAGUGUGCGUCCUCUCCGUGCCUGAAUGGCGGGACGUGUGUGGAUGAGGUGAACCAGUUCUCCUGUGUCUGUGCCAAAGGCUGGGCUGGAGCUACCUGUCAGAGCCCUCUGCCAACAUUCUUUGUUACCAUGACAAACACCUCCGCAGCCACCACGGCUGCUGCUGGUGCUGCUGCUGGUGCUGCUGCUGCUGCUUCUACUUUGCCAGCUGCCACCACUGGGCCCUUUGUUCGUCCAUCACGUUGCACUAUAGUGCAGGGAACCACCCACUGCACCUGUGAGCCAGGGUACACCAUCUCUGGCAGGGACACCAAUACCUGCACUGAUAUAGAUGAAUGUGAGCUGUUCCAUAAUGGCCAGGCUGGGAAACUGUGUUUACAUGCUUGUGUCAACACCCCUGGAGGUUACCGCUGCUCCUGUCCUGUUGGAUACAAUGUGACCCGCGAUGGACGCAGCUGUAAAGACAUUGAUGAGUGUGCAACCAGACAAAACAACUGCACAAAGGACCAGAUGUGCAUUAAUACAUACGGUGGUUUCCAGUGUGUCCGUGUGGACUGCCCCAAAAUCCCUAGUGCAACAUAUGUCAAGACGUCACCUAUGCGUUGUGAACGUAACCCCUGUCCUGUGGACAACAAGGCGUGUUCUCAGGCCCCAAAUUCCUUUUCCUACCAUUACUUGGCUGUUGUGUCCAACCUGUCAGCUCCCCGUGUCAUGUUCAGGGUCUCAGCAUUGCGUCCAAUGGGUGACACGCUCCGCUUCUCCCUGCUGGGGGGAAGGCAAGCUCGGCGCCACUUCACAGUCCAGCGUUCAGACCGUCUGACAGGUCAGCUGAUGCUGGUGAGCCCGGUGCAGGGCCCUGCCGCUCUGGAGGCAGAAGUAGAGAUGAGCGAGCUGGAGAAACGCGUCCAGCUGGGGAGGUACAUCACCAAGAUCACCAUGUUUGUUUCCCAGUAUGAGUUCUAGAGAGAGGAUGAACACAUUCAUGAAGGAUGAACGUGGAAACUCUCUUAGAGCACAAAGGCCAAACAAAAGUCUGUUGUGCUUGGAUUUAGCUAUAAGGACAAAGUCACGGAUAUGUGAUAAUCUGAUGUAUUGUGGUGGUCAUCUUUAAAGUCACCUGUACUGUUGCAAAAGGAGCUGCUGCCACCAGAUCUCAACUGUAGUAAAGUAAGCAUAACAUCGUGGCAGAGCAACACAUGCGUGUGUUGUGUGCACAGCUGCAUGCAAUAAAGGUUUUAGAAUACAGGUUCUUCAGGAGCAUUGUUAAUAAGCUAAAGGAAUGCGUAUUGAGUAUGUUCAGGUGGCUUAAGUAUAAGAACAUGAGUUUUGUAUGGAUUACCUAAAAUGUAUUUAUUGCAGAAAGAUAGAAAUGAGUGUAGGAGAUAUAAAAGGGGAAUGGCACGAUGUAGCAAACAAUAAACCAGCAUUCAGCUAAAGGACACUUGUAACAAGCUGAACCAGAAAAUAUAUAGACAGUCCACCAAGAAAGUGUUAUUUUUGUAAAAUGAUGGUCCAGCCAUGUUGACAUAUAUAUAUUAUGUAUAGUGGACAGGUAAUCAUGAUGUGUGAAGACUUUGUAAUCCUUUCUACUAUCAUGUAUUAUUUAUAUUCUGUUUUCAGUAAAUUUUCCAGUGCAAUCAUUAAAACA